GAGACAAACGAGAGAAGCACGUGUAGUGGGCGGGGCUGGGUAGACGGUUUUCACGUGGCUUUGGCGAGCGGCGUCAGUCCGGUGCGGCAGCAGAACGCGGCAGCAGCAGCAGCAGCAUGUCUGUGGAGAUGGAUCCCGCCGAUGUGAUCCGCCUGAUCAUGCAGUAUCUCAAAGAGAACAACCUCUACCGAACACUGACCACCUUACAGGAGGAGACCACGGUCUCACUCAACACUGUGGAAAGUAUCGACAGUUUCAUUGCCGAUAUUAACAGCGGACACUGGGACUCCGUCCUCUUGGCUAUCGAGUCCCUGAAGUUGCCUGACAACACGCUUAUCGACCUCUACGAACAGGUUGUGAUGGAACUGAUUGAAAUGAGGGAGGUGGGAGCCGCUCGCUCUCUCCUCAAACAAACGGAUCCGAUGAUCAUGCUGAAGCAGACUCAGCCGCAGAGGUAUGCUCACCUGGAGAACUUGCUGAUGUGCUCCUACUUUGAUCCGAAUGAGGCAUACCCAUAUGGCAGCAGCAAGAUGAAGCGGCGCAGAGCUAUAGCCGAGGCGCUGGUGAGGGAGGUCAGCGUGGUGCCUCCUUCUCGCCUCAUGGGCCUUCUGGAACAAGUCAGCGCUUUGAGGUUACAGCAGUGCCAGGGUCAUCUUUCCCCCCAUAUGGCCCUUGAACCCUCCAGAACCAAGGACAGACAAGUGGAAGAAGAAUCCUUUCCAACCCAAUUGUAUCGACACAUUAAGUUUGGACGAUGGUCGCACGUGGAAUGUGCUCGAUUCUCCCCUGAUGGCAAAUAUUUAAUCACAGGAUCAGUUGAUGGCUUCAUCGAGGUCUGGAACUUCAAUACCGGAAAAUUAAGCAAGGAUUUAAAGUACCAGGCCCAGGACAGCUUCAUGAUGAUGGAUGAUGCCGUGCUAUGCAUGUGCUUCAGUCACGAUUCAGAUCUCCUGGCUACCGGAGCUCAGAAUGGAAAAAUAAAGGUUUGGAAGAUCCAGAGUGGUUUGUGUCUGCGGCGGUUUGAGCAUGCACACACCAAAGGUGUGACGUGUCUGAGCUUCUCUAAGGACAGCAGCCAGAUCCUUAGUGCCUCCUUCGACCAAACCAUCAGAAUCCAUGAACUGAAAUCAGGCAAAACAUUGAAGGAGUUAAAAGGCCAUUCAUCAUUUGUAAAUGAUGCAUCUUUCACUCGAGAUGGACUUCACAUCAUCAGUGCCUCAUCUGACGGUACUAUUAAGAUAUGGAAUGCUAAGACUUGUGAGUGCAUCCACACAUUCAGAGCGCUGUCCCUGACAUCAGAUGUCCCCAUCAACAACGUAAUUCCUCUUCCCCAAAAUCCAGAGCACUUUCUGGUUUGCAACCACUCCAGUACAGCGCUCAUCAUUGACAUGCACGGUCAGACGCUGAAGACGCUGAGCUCCAGCAGAAAGGAAGGCUCAGACUUUGUGUGCUGCACCGUGUCACCGCGCGGGGAGUGGAUUUACUGCGUGGGAGAGGACUUGGUACUGUACUGCUUCAACUACACAACAGGGAGGCUGCAGAGAACGCUGACCGUCCAUGAGAAAGACGUAAUUGGCAUCGCUCACCACCCACAUGAGAACCUGAUCGCAACAUACUGUGAGGACGGCCUCCUCAGGCUGUGGAAACCUUAGGCAGAAGAAUGCACUCUUCAAUAAUCAACUCAUUAGUUUUAUUUCCACAGUAAAAAACAUAAUUUCUUUAAAAAAUGGACAAACUACAUUAUUUUUUAAGGUGGCAGCAAUAGUCCAUAUUUUCA